AUGGCGAGGUUGCUUUUCACCACAGGUCAUCGCCCAACCUAUGUGAACCAGGAAGCCACUUUGCGAAAUUUUGCCAAGGCAGUUAUGAAUUUUGGCAGUGGUUCACUCUUAGCUAGGCUCCUGAUUCCGAGGGCUCGGAUUGUCGGAGUGUCGAACUGCUCAGCUUGGGAGACCCUGGCAGAGGAUGUACCUCCGCUGUACGUCACAUUUCGAUGCCCAGAAUAA